GGUGUGGGAGAGGGAGGGCGGAUGGGGGGGGGGGUUCAAUGGACGGUGACGUCAUGUGUGUGAUGUCACGUUGCCCUGCCUGUGUGGCGUCAUCUGGGGGUCCCAGAAUGACGUCAGUGUAUUUCCCAGGGCUGUGACCUCAGCAGGCAGUUCAGGACAAGGAUCUCUGGGUCCGGGGAGAGCUGUCUCCUCCAGCGCGCUGGCCCCUUUGGUCUCUCUCUCUCUCUCUCUCUCUGUCUCCCCAUCACAUAUCAAUGCGGGAAGCAUUGCUAUCGUCAAUCUAACCAACAUGAAAGAAGCAGAGGUCACAGAUGAGCUUUUUUUCUUUUUUUAUAAGAAGCAAAACAAUAGUGAGUCCCAAUUAGAAUAAGUCGUAGCUCAGUGUGUAUAUGUGUACUCCAUUCUUUAAAUGUGCGGUUUCUCUCUUAAAAGGGCUGAGUCGUAUAUCACGGGGGGGGGGGGGGCGAUGGUGCGGUGGAAAUUGCUGUGUUGACCAGGUUCACUUGAAGAGUCGUGCCUUGAGCACAGUUCCAAACACUGUGGACCCAACAAUAGCCGAGUUUAGGAAGUUCGCAGAAUUUGUAGCUCCUUUCUUUUUCCGUUCGCACUAUUAGGAUUUUUACCUUCACCCCCGCCACCAAAAAAAAAGAAAUUCUCCGCCCACCCACCUCCCGUUUAAAAAAAAAUUCCCAACAGCAGCAAAAAAAAAUAGUGGCGGAAGCGCCGGGUUUGAGACAAAGGGAGUGGGGCUGCCUGCUCAAAGUGGGAUACUGGAACCGGGAAAAAGCGGAGAGGAUCUGGAAAAGAGAUUAGAUUUCGCUUCUCUCUCAUCAAUUUUAUGGUUAAUGUCAAGCGGCUCCAUUGUGGGAGAAGAGGCACGUCAGCCAGCCAUAAAUUUGAGAGCGGAGUGGCAGCGCAGAACGCAUCUGUUUGACCGAGUUCAUUCCCUCUUUUACUGUAUGGAGACAGGUAGAAUCCUGUUUGCACACCAAUCCUUAACAAAACAGAGGCAACCCGGGACAAAAUACAAACCGUGCAGAUAUUUACAACUGGGCUUUCUCUAGGAAACAGGCUCGAUCUGCCGCCUGCAUCGACCGCCUUGAGGAUGGCAGGCUCGGCUGGCUGUGCAAGCGGACACUCAGAUGAGCUCAGAUCAGCCUGAAUCCCUCCCGGAGACCCGCCCGGCUUUGUGGAUCUUUACACUGGGGGUGAUCUCGGCUCCGUUAUGGACGGCAGGGAAUUCGCUCCUCCUCCCCACCUCCUGUCUCAUGCGCUCGGCGUGGAGGCAGCGAGGGAGCGCGGCGCCUUGGCGCACCGAGCCGUCGGACGGAUCGCCUCGACCGGCCACAGCACCGCACCGCACCCGGCUCACUUUCAACCUGCAAAAUACUUCCCAUCUCCGCUCCCCAUGGCUACACAUUCAGGCAACGCAUUGAUGGGAAAUUCAUCAGCCACGUUCAUGGGAAGUUUCCUAGCCAGCAGCUUGGGGUCAGCACCUGCUCAUCCUGCGGGACCCACGUCUUCCCCCUCGGAGCCCGCCUUUCGAAGUCCACACUCAGCGACAUCACAGAUCUGGUUUUCCCACUCCCACGAAGUCCCAGGAUAUUCCAGGUUUUCAAGCAGUUUGGCCUCCACUUUCCUUCCGAUGAGCCACCUGGAUCACCAUAGUAACGGCAACAAUGUACUUUAUGGCCAACACAGGUUCUAUGAUACGCAGAAAGAUGGUUUCUAUCUGAGGAAUUUACCUGGACAGCCAACCUUGCUCUCGACCAAUCAUAGUUUUCCUUCGAUUUCCCGAGCCACACCCAGUCAUCCCAUUGGUUCCUGCAGCCGAGACAGAGAGAUAAGCCACUCCCACAAAACGAUCAAGGAAACUGACAGACUCCUGACCUCAAAGGAACCUAAUAAAGAAAGGAUGAGUAAAAAUGAAGCCAACUCAUUGAACAGUCAAAGAACACACAAGGAGAGACAUUCAGAAGACGAUGGAAAAGACAGGCAUAAAAUUGUGCUGCCUCUGACACCAGAUGUCAGAUGCAAAGAAGACAUAACAAAUAUGCAUAAUAGCAUGUGUGAGAACAGAAAUAAACACUUCAAUAGCUGUUUAACAAACUCCAAAGUUAUGAACGGAGAUUCCAAUAAAACUUUAUUAGCAAGCUGCACUAAUAUUGGUGGGAUUUUACCGAGGCAAAUGGACAUCCAUACCCCAGGCAGGUGUACCAAAGAGAGCUUAAGGUUUGAGAGGGAUUUCCGAGAAAACGGCCCAUCUGGUCCAGUGCAUGUCGAAUGCUCAGAUAGUUGGCAAACUCCGCACCAUUCUGUUGCGUACUCUGUUCCUUCUUCCCUGUCCAACAUUCCUUCAUCAUCUAGCACAGCCUCUGGAACAUUCCCCUGUUUGCAGGUUCAUUCCAACUUAGACCUUUUUUACCCUACUCAAGAUAAGGCCAGCAGGGAGCUCAAGGUCACUGGUCCUACGUACGUGCCUUCAGUGGGACACUUCAGUGACAAAAGCCGACCAUUUCAAGUCACUGCAGAAAACUGCAAGGUCAACCGAAAUAUGGGGAAGGAGAAGAUGCAUGACAAAAGCACAGAGAGGUCUGAUAUUGGGACUGUUCCUAAUUCGCACACAUCUCUGAAGCUCGAUGGUAAAGGAAUGGACUGGCCCCACAAUUCAGCCAUAAAAUCCAAACAACAGUGUGUUAGCAGCACUGGUGCACAGAUGGUGAUGCCAUUCACACCUCAGGCAGCCAAGGGCCCCUCAGGGAAAGGUAGCACUUACGUUAUGCCACAGUCUCAGGAUUGUUUCUGUUCGAAGGAGCUGGAGACAUGCUGUGCCAAACUUACCCAUUCCAGUUACGUGCUGGACCGGGAGCAUGGCAGUGACGCACACGAGAAAGCUUCAAAAGAUUCACAGGGGCAGAAAGUGGCCAGGAUACGGCACCAGCACCAUAAGCUUCCUGAGGUGGAGCACAUAGGAAGUGGUUCAGAGAUGAAGAGAAGGCCACCAGAGCUCAGUUGUAUGAGCUACAAUGGAUCUCACAUACCAUCAUGGCAGAGUCCUCAGAUUCCAAUGGGCGAAGACAGGAAAAGUUCCUAUCUUGACCCUUUCAGUUCAAGUUUACAGCAGGCAGCAAUGUUGUCACAAGGGUCUGUGCUCAACCAAGACAUGUUAGGUCAGACUGAUGAAGUCUCAGCCAUGAAGAGUCUACUAAAAUACAGCAGCUCAUUUCCCCCAGGCACACAGGCGUUGAUCGUUGGGCAGAAGACCCCUUUCGGAGGCCUGGGAAACAUCCGGGCCAGCUGUGUCCAUCAGGAGAUCAAAUUCCAAAGCGGGAAAUCGAACCUCGAUUUGGAGCGUCUAGACUGUGCCAAAGGAAGGGAAAGCGAGUCAUCUCAGGGUGACGGUGAGGUACGGCAGCCUCCAGUUGGCAUUGCAGUGGCUGUUGCAAGACAAAAAGACAACCAGAACAAGCAUGAUCUGCCUUGUAGUGCAGAGUCCAACAGACAGCACCGACAUCUUCCCGGCUUAAAAGGAUCAUCACGCUCUGCCUAUGUCAUAGACCUGGAAGCAGAGGAAGAAAACAAUCAUUUUCGUGAGGAAAGAAUGGGGCUGUCACGUUUAGACAGGGAAAGGGAUCAGCUUCUUCGGGAAAACAAGGAACUUGUGGACUUUGCACGAAUCCGUCCAUCUAAUGGUUGUCCUGGAGACCUAAAUGCAAACCUGAUGGUCACUGGAGGGUCAUCUUUGCAAGCUAACCAACUAGGAUCUGAUCCCAAUGCACAUCCUCACCUUACGCCUUCACAUUGGCUUCCAAGGACAGGCAGCCCCUCAGUGUGGAUGGGUGGGCAUUCAUACGGAAUCGGUCACCCAGCUCUGCAUUCAAAUCUACCACCUGGAUUCCCAGCAUCGAUGCCAAGUGCCAUGCAGACAGUAUUCCCACUCUCCCAAGAUCCCUCAGCCCAGCUUGUUAUCCUUCCCACUGAGCCACCAGCACCACACCCAACUCCUCAUCACCUCGCUGAAGUAAUGGAUCCUGCACAUUCUCUCUGGCCUCCUAUCUACCCGGCGAGAGCGCCCACAUCACAUAUGCAGCAUCCAGGACAGCUCUCGGUCUACCCUCGCUCCCCGCUUCUUCGACAGCAGGAACUCUACAUGCUGCAACAACAGCAACAACAACAGCAACAACAGCGGGCACAAGCACUUGAACUCCAACGGCACUCACAACUUGUGGAUCAUCGGAAGGCAGACGAUCGUCGGUUAGAAGCCGAAGAACAUACUCUGGAGAGGAAUAGGAGGUCAAACAAAGCAGUUGCCUUAAGCUCUCCCAAGAAUCUUUCUUCGCCUGUCAUACUGCCAUCCAGUAUGUGUUCUGCCAAACUUUCACCAUGCCACCAUUCUCCUUCUCUUGGACCCAAGUCAGGGAGUCCCACCCCCCAGCCCAGUGCUGUGUGUGCUUUACCUUCUUGUCCUUCUUCAGAUCCUGCCACUGUCCCACAAUCCUCAGCAGUCAGCCCUCCUUCCCAGAAUUCCACAGGAAAUCAAACAGCUGAAAAGCGAGUGGAGAGACAACCACCUCAACAUUAUCCAGAAUCUUUUGAGCCAGAUCUCCCGCCUGGCUAUACAUACACAGCCGUUGCAAUGGGCUACAGUUCCCCUUCUCCACUUGUGCACUCUGCUGAUCUAGCGGACCCUGAAACUAUGCAACCUGUCACCACGGCAGCUGAACCAGAACAGUCCAGAACCUUUACGCCGGGUGAAAAAAUUCACUGUGAUACUCAGUCAAACCUGGCGGAGGAGGUAAACCCUACUGACAAACAGAUCACAACUAAUAACCUGGAUGUAGUAGAGCAAAAGAUGCAUAAAGUUCUCUGCACCUCAGAAAAAAAGGAUGCAGUAAAUACAUUGCUAGCAGAGAAUUCAACUGUGGAGCAACUUGAGUCAUCUGUGAAAGAAAACAUGGAAUGCUCAAGGCAUUUGAUUGCUUCUCAGGGAAUUGUCACUGAUGGAGGACUUACAGGAGAAGAAGGAGGACAAGACAAUUCAGUGACCAAGUCACCUCACUCAACCAGUGAAUCCCGGACACUACCCGAUGAAACAUUGGAUGUAAGGAAUUCUGAUUGCUUGGGUUCAGUAGCUGAGAUGGACUUAAACCAGGAAUGCAGAAUAGUUGAAGAAGCCAAACAGGUGAAUCAAGAUGAGGACUCAGAAACUAGCCACGAUGCCUCAGAGAGGGAUGAAGUGUUCAAAUGGAGGUUGGACUGCAUGGCAGGGAUGGACGCCCUCGUGGCUGCUGGCCUCAGCAUGGGUGAGCUCUUUGGUUUAGAGCCUGUGGUUCCCAGUGCCCCCAUAGCACCUUCAUGCCCUCCAACCUCAACCUAUUACCCCGGCUCAGGGAUGCAUGGAAUAGCUCUGCUGAGUGAACUGGCUGAACUCGAAAGGCAGCGACAGAGCUAUGAUGGCACGAGUCAAGGGGAAGAUGAGGCUAUACUUACUCAUGACCUCCAGCGCCUCGCAACUAUUGCUGCUGCCCGUUCAUUGGUGGAGGCAGUACCACUUGAAAUGGAUGAUCCCCAAACUGACUUAGGGUCAAGCAGAUUUUAUGUAGUGCGGAUCCCAAGGGUGCUGAAUCUACGGCGGAAGUACUCAUGGAGUCCAAAGGCAGAGACGGUUUGUCCUCUAAAGGUUGCAAUUGAUGGAAUGGACACACAGGAGCUGGAAAUGAGAAUGAAACUAGCUGAACUACAGCGUCGCUACAAGGAAAAGCAACGAGAACUGGCUAAACUACAAAGAAGACAUGAUCAUGAGAGAGAUGAAAACUCAAGAAGCCCAGCAAGGAGAGGACCUGGGCGACCAAGAAAACGCAAACAUCUUUCCACUGUUCUUUCGUCUCUUGGACAGCUUAGUGAACUGGAGAAAUGUGACAGCAAAAAAGCUAAAUCCAUAAGGACAGGCCUGAGCCUCCUCUGUGAGGAACUGAGGAAUGAAGGGGAGCCCAAGAAGAAGAAAUGCAAACUUCCUGGGAGGGAAAGUAAGGAACAGGAGUACAGUGGAAAUAAGACUGGGUCAGAGAUGAAACCAAAAGCGAAAAAGGACACUCCUCAGACCAACCUCACAUCUAAGUUGGGAAAGUACAGCUCAAGGCCAAAGCAAAAGGUAUUGGGUAAAGCUGCAAAUAAAUCACACACAACAGCCAUUCUGAAAUCAGCCAACACCAGCCAUUUUAGGGGGAAAACAACAGCCCUGCCUGGCAAGAUUCAGAAACAACUGGGAAAAGCAAAGACCGCCUCAAUCCCACACAGCCAAGAGAGAGCCAAGCAUAGUACAGCAACUUCUGAAAAGGCCUCAAAAAUAGAAUCAGGCGAAGAAGAUGGUUUAUCGACUAGUAAAGUUCCUUUUUCAAAAAGUAAAGCAGCUCAGAAGACUAACUCUGACAUGAAAAAGAAACCCGGAAUUCAACCGAAGAGACGGGCUGUUGGAGUCAAAGUGCAGAAAGCCAGCAAUAAGAAGCAGAAACAGGAAGCUCAGGCAUUAGUGACUGAAAAGGAAUGGAUGUCCACAGAGAGUGAUGGCUUCUCUUCAGAUGCUGGUCAGCUAAUUUCUGAUAUGAGUGAAGAUGACAACAACUAUAACAGUGCUGAUGGCAGUGAUGCCAUCACGGAACUGCCAAUCAAAGACUCCAACCUGGGGCUGCGCACAGAGUACUCAGCAAGUCUCACUGCAACUGACAUUGGUCCAUCACCUUCCUCUGUUGUGAAGCUGGAAGCCAAUCAGAAAGCAAAGAAAAAGAAGGAAAGGCAAGGCCUCCUCGGAACUCUUGGAUUUUCCAGCGCAGAUGGAGAUGUGAAGAUUAAAAAACGUCCUGCCAAGCAUGGCUUGGAAUCUAGCAAUGCAGUUAAAAAGACUGAGAAGCUGCCGGCCAUGAAGAAAAAAGCGCUGAAAGCAGGGGAAAAGAAUAAAAAGAUGAUGAAGAACUCCAAGGGGCCAGCGGAGGUGACGAUUUGGCACCAUUUUGAAUCUGAUCUGCGGCCCCUGCUGCAUGAUGGGAGAUUACUUCCUGGCGCUUCUUCUGUACCUGCAAAAUUGGCAUCUAGAAGGCAAACCAGGAAAGGUUCUGCCAAUAGAUGUAAAAAUGUCACCAGGAAAAACAAAGUGCUGCAAGCUACUUUUAAGAAAUCAAGUGGACUGUGCCUCUCUCAAAAAAGAGCAAACCCCACUGACCAUAAUCGGAACAGACUGAACAAACUAAAGAGCAAGCUGCCAGUGAAAGAGUCAAAGGGACGAGCUGUCAGCAAACUAUUGGAAAGCUUCGCUGCAGAGGAUGAUUUUGCAUUUGAUGAAGACAGCAGCUUUUCUGAGGAAGAUGAGAGUGCAUCUGUGAGCUGUUUGGCAGAGUUGUGCGUCCCUCAAUCCUGUUCCAUCAGUAAAGAAGAUCUCAAGGAAGGACUGCGCAUUCUCAUACCAAAGGAAGACAAAUUACUGUAUGCAGGAUGUGUCAAAAUUCUACAAUCACCUGACAUUUACAGUGUUGUGAUUGAAGGAGAAAGAGGAAACCGACAGAGAAUCUAUUCCCUGGAGCAACUGCUGCAGGAAGCGGUACUUGAUGUCAAACCAUCCUCAACACAGUUCCUGCCGCCAUCUACCAGGGUGUGUGCUUAUUGGAGUCAGAAAUCCCGCUGCCUCUAUCCAGGAACUAUCGUCCAAACAGGUAGUAGCAGUGAAGAGGAAGAAGAGGAGGAUGCAAGUGAUUUUGUCACGGUGGAGUUUGAUGAUGGUGACGUGGGGCGAAUUUCUCUGUCAAAUAUCCGUCUCCUCCCUCCAGAUUAUAAAAUCCAGUGUACAGAGCCUUCCCCUGCACUGCUGGUAUCUAAUGGGAGACUCCGGGUUAGGAAGUUGCCCAGUGAGAAGCGAGAAAUUGCAGAAAGCAGCCAGAAUCACACAUUGAAUGGGAAAAAUUCUUCAGAAUUAAGCAAAAACUGUGGCAAGAAGACUUCAGUAAAAGGGAAAGCUGGUAAAGGAGUUUUGAAUACCGAAGUUUCAACGUUGCUGAAAGCAGGGCACAUGCUCAGUAAAAAGACAGAUGUACUAAUAAAUUGGCCAGGGAUCAUCCAGACAAAGAAAAGGAAUUCCAGUAAGAGUACGACUGCUUUAGAAAACCUGUUUCAAUUGAAUGGCAGCACAAAGAGAAUGAAGGGUAAAGAACGGUUCCUUCCAGUGCAAGGCCUUCCUCCUCCAAUUUUUAGUGGCGGCUUUGAAGUCGACUCUUUCAGCAGCAUUGCCAACACCUUUGCUUCCUUUGGAAGCAGUUCAAGUCUUGCACCAAAUCCUAAGGCCCUAAAGUACAGAAGAGUGGAAAAAAUGGAUGUAUCAGUUCCAAAAGGUGGUAAAAGAAAAACAGGAGCAGAAUAUCUGGUUAAACUAGAUCACGAAGGCGUGACAUCUCCGAAAACAAAAAAUGGAAAAGCCUUGCUCAUGAGCGAGAAGGAAUUUGGAGGAAAAAUUGCUGCUGGCUACUCCCAGUUGAGCAAGGAGCGAAACAGAAGGAUCGAACUUCUGAAAGGAAAGCAUGCUCAACUUCAGAACCUUCCUAUGAGCUUAGCAAUGAAUGAGUACGCUGGUCAGUCAGAGUUUGGCAUGGAUUGUGACACUGACAGCCAUAGUUCGUACUCUUAUGAUGAGGAAGAAAAUAGAAACUUGCAACAGAGUGUCACAUCGAGAUUUAUGACUAGGCUGUCUGUCUCUUCAUCAUCUUCUGCAUCGUCAUCAUCUUCAACAUCUGGUUCUACCUCCACUUCCAGCUUGUGUUCAUCGGACAAUGACGAUUCAUCCUAUAGCUCUGAUGAUGAUUCUACAGUCUUGCUGCAGACUUGUAUGACACACCCUGUGCCUGCAAUGCUGACCCCGUCAGACCCACGACAAACAGAGCCAAAAAUGUCGCCACCCUCCUUCUCAGUCAAGUCUGUGAUGCCUGCGAAUAAGAUCAAAUUAAAAAGACAGGAAGAAUUCCGACUUCAAAAGGCCAAGGAGUUAUCAAAGAGACAGAGAUUACCAUCAGUGGAAAAUCGCCCGAAAAUCUCCUCCUUUCUCCCAGCUCGACAGCUCUGGAAGUGGUCUGGGAAGCCAACUCAGAGACGAGGGAUGAAAGGCAAAGCAAAGAAACUUUACUAUAAAGCCAUUGUGAGAGGGAAGGAGACAAUUUGUGUUGGCGAUUGCGCAGUGUUCCUCUCUGUUGGACGCCCAAAUCUUCCGUACAUUGGCCGGAUUGAAAGCAUGUGGGAAUCCUGGGGAAGCAACAUGGUGGUUAAAGUGAAAUGGUUUUAUCACCCUGAGGAAACAAAAUUGGGCAAAAAAUGCAACGAUGGCAAGAAAGCACUGUACCAAUCUUGUCACGAAGAUGAAAACGAUGUACAGACUAUCUCCCAUAAGUGUCAGGUGGUCAGUCUGGAGCACUAUGAACAAAUGAUAAAAACCAAGAAGUACCAAGACAGCCAGGACCUUUACUAUCUGGCAGGAACGUACGACCCUACAAUAGGCAGAAUCCUUAAUGCAGAUGGAGUGCCAAGUCUCUGUUAAAAACAAAAUAUAUGAAUUAAUGUAAAGUCUGGAUUUGCACCACACUAACAGGGAUUGAGAAACCAUUCUGAUUUAUUAAAAAAAACUAACUAACCCAAUGAACUUUUCAAAUGAUGCAAGAUGGACAGGAUCUGGAAACUUGUUAUCAAUACCUUGAGGCUCACAUGUAGUCCUGGAAUCAUUAGCAGUGAUCUCUUAAGUGGUUUGCAAAAUGGUUUUUUUUGGAUACAUAACAAUUAAGCAGCAUGGUUUUUGGAUGCAAAAGAACUAAGCCUUUCUGGGGAUCAGUAAUACUGGAUUUACCAAAGUGGAACACUUAGGGCAUCAAGUAGGCUGGAAUUUCAAUGCAUGACUUCAAGGCAUCACUGGGUCGACCAGGCUGAAUUUGCACACGAGAGCCUCAAACAAUGGGGAAGCAAGGUUUUAGAGGUGAGCGCUGGGCCUCAAAGAAUCAAUGAAGCUGGAAUGGACGCAUGGGAACUGGACCUUGAUGAGAGCAGGUUUCAACCAUGGGUCAGACAGCAUGGAAUUUAUUUCAGUGUGUGAGUGGACGUGUGCGUGCGUGCGCAAGUGUGUAUGUGUGCGGGCGAAUGUGUAUGUAGAUUGGAGAAAGAAGAAAAAUGAGCAUCAUACAAGCCAUACACUCCCAGUACCUCUGUCUGCUUUCGACUUUGCAAAGCAGAAUCAGGUCGAACAUGUUUUUGUUGUUACUUUGUUUCCUGGAGAGUUUUGUAAAAACCCAGGAUUUUUUUUUUAAUGCAGUGCAUUACUCAGCUCAGCUGAGGCUGCUUGUUAGCUGGAACUUCUGAAGAAAACAAAGAAAGGGAAAAAAAAGACUUGACUUUGAAGAAGACUGUUUUCUUACAAAGACAGUUUGUGGCAUCAUUCUGUCAGACUAAUUCUAACCUCUUAACUGAACAGUAGUUGAGCGAUUCACUCUGUGGAUUAAAUGUUCCCUUUUUUAAAAGUGAUGGGUGGAGAGAAUUAUAAUCCCUAUUGCUGAAUAUUGUAUAGAAUUCUGCACACAUUUAGGGAAUGGUCAGCCAUGUUUGUUCCCUCACUGUUGCACAGAUGUUAAAGAGACAGUCUCCCUUUUAGUGGCUUAUGCGGGCUGUGUAUAAAAAGCUUCUAAGACUGAUACAAAGAACAAUUCCACAUGAAAUAAUGUGGUCAACACUUUGAAGAGAAUCUUCUCGUAGCACACCUGUUACUUUCUGUCACCUGUAAACAAUGGAAAUAUUACUAUUAGAAGUGGAAGAUAAGACUAAAACAUACUAGUGGAUUACAAUAGAACUCUCAAGGCUAAGGCUGAAUCUGUUUUGGUGAAAUGACUCAUAAGGCAUUACAAUUUUUCAUUAACAUCUAUUUCAUCUAUCCAGUUUACAAAGAUUUUUUGAAACUAUAAUUGGGAAGAAGUCCCACCUAUGAGUCAUUGAGAAGUUAAACUAUAGAAAGUAAGCCAUGUUGAUUUUAAAAGUCAAAGUCUUUGGAUUGCUGUAGUUGCUAUUUUAAACAAGCAUUAUGGAAAGACAGCCAGAAGAUCCUUUAAAACCACAGUGUUCCCUAAUAUAUCACCCGUGGACCUAUGGCUAGGGUUGUUCCAGCUUCUCUUUAUGUUCUCCUUUACAUCAGAUGCCUCGGAGGUACCAGUAGACCUCCUUACUCAUGGUGGAGAUCAUUGUCUCCUGAAUUAAGAUCUGAAGGUGGUUAGAUUUCUAAAACAUGUCAAAGUCGAUCACAAACUCUUUUGACAUAAAUAAGCGAACUCAUGUGGAACAGGGCUUUGGUGAGCUGUAAAUCAUUGCAAUAGUUACAAAUGCUAAUCAAAUAUCAAAGUUCCCUAUUUAUCCAUUUAUGGUCCAAGUAUAAUAACUAAGAAACAGAAGGUGUAGUUGAGUGUGUGUAACCUUGGCUAUUGUUAUGCUACACAUUUGUUAUUUUUACUUGCUGCUUUAUUCCAUACCUGCAAGCCCACUACUAUCAAAAACAGUGACUUGAGGUUUACCUAUUCCAGUUCUACCAAAGUGUGACUUUAUGUCGAUUCACUUUACGGGACAUAUAAUCACAUACAUAUUAUAUCAGGGAGCAUAAAAGCAGAAAACUCUAAACUGGAAAUCUGUACCAGAGGGUAACAGAAAGUUGAAAAACUAAAUCUGAAAUUUGAAACACGAAUGUGCAGCAAUAUUGUUGUAUUCCUAGCUGAUGUUAUAUCCAACAAUCCAGAUCACAAACUCAAAUUUGGCUUAAUAUGUUUUAAUGAAAAUCAAACGCACAAUUCUGCAGAUUCAGGUUUAACAAUGAAAGAAAUUUAUUAUACAAAAUAAAUUAAGAUAAAAUAGAAUACAGUCAUAAUAAUUAGAAACAAUACAAGCUUAAAGAGUUUGAAACACAAUAACAAUACAAUUCCAUUAAUCCUGAAAGCAUUCUUUUACAGUACUCAUGUGACAAAGAAUACCCUUAUCUUUCACAUUCAUAGGGCUUAAUUUGAUUGUGGCUUCAAUUCCCUGUCUUGAACAUCUGAUUGCCUCUACCUGGAUCCCUCAUACAACAGAGCAUAGAUUUACACUAAAGCAAAAGAGAAGGAACCGUUGGUGCUAAAACAGAAACAGAAAUUGCUGGAAAAAUUUAGUUCUGAAGAAGGGUCAUUGGACCCAAAACAUUAAGUCUGCUCUCUGUCCACAGAUGCUGCCAGACCUGCUGAGUUCUUCCAGAAAUUUCCAUUUUUGGUUUUGAGCUUAGACUUCCUCAGCUUUAAAUAACUUCUUCAAUGUUGUAACUAGACAUUUCUAAUCUGUAGCAUUAAAACAUUACAAUUGGUUACCUCAGUAUAAGGAGUUUUGUUUUCAUAGAAUCAUAGGGAUUCUAUGAACUAUGAAGACAAAACUCCUGACACUUAGGUAACCUAUUUCCUAACAGUUAUAAACUAUCUUCUUUCUUUAGCAGCAACUGUCUUACACAUCUAGUUCUAGCCAAGACUUCUACAAUACUGCCAAACUGAAAGUGAAAUGCUUUUUAUGGUGGUUUGUGUUUGUCCUCUCAGCUCAAAAUAUACUUCCAUCUGAAAACCGAAUGCACUGCACUCUUUUCUUUGUUCACUCAUAAACUCUGCCAUGGUAAACAAAAGCACAUGACUCUCCAGAAAAUUGGUCUAUAAAAGUGUUUUAAAAUACUUUCUAGAAUUGGUGUUUUAGAAUCACCUAUAGGUUAACCCUUAAACCUGUUGAGAUAGCCAGACCGAGACACUCAUACCACAGACUCAAACUCUAAAAUAAAUGAUACUAAAAUAGAGAUCAACCACACAUUUUGCAUCACAAAAUGCAGCAGGCUAAUUGGAACCUGAAAGAAAAAGAAGCAAAUUUUUCAGGGGUCAUGGUGUAAUUGAUCAUUAGGAUCUGAUGAAGUCAUCACCCCUUCAUAAAUUAACAUUUUUUUCUUUCAAGUUGAGAGCAACUUGCAGCAUUUUCUGUUUGUCAGUCCAUUCCUGACCCAAUUUUUAUUGGACCUCCUCAGACUUUAUAAGUACCAACAUUUUGACUCUAUACUGUGAUGAUUUCAAAAUAUUCCCACAUCUUUCAGGAAAAAAAAGUCACAAACCCUCAAUAAUAAAUAAUACCCUGGUAAUCAAGAUAACUGUGACUUGUGGCUUCCUAUGCUUGUUGUGAUGUAAUUGGCGAUUGUCAUAUGCAAUAUGAAAACAGUGCUAACAGAAACGCUGCUUUUGAGUGGAAAUGCUUUGCCAAUUAUAAGCUAAGGAGCUGUCUUAACUAGGUAAAUAAGCAGUGAUCCAAGAAACCUCACAAAAUUCUUAUGCCAUUAUUACUUGGAAUGGAAGAAAGGACUUUUGAAAAUCUGAGGCUUUUUUAUUGGAGUGAAGUGAGCAUUAUUCUCACUGGCCCUGCAGUUGACUGUUCACUCUUGUGAAAUAGAAAAAUCGUUCACUCAGUAAAUUAAUAUGUAAUGGGUACUAGCUGUACCUACCAUUCCAGAAUUAAUUCAAUCAUCACCUCAUUCCAAUAAACAGAACUGCUAAUGUAAGCAGCUUCUUUUUAACAGUGAAGAUGAGUUCAAGACGGUAGGGGGUAGGGACGGUUAUUAACAUGCAAUAGAAGUGGGAUAUUCAGUAUUUCUACAAGUCCUGAUAAUCCAGUCUUCUCCUGUCUCUAUAGUUCCCAAUACCAUCCCAAAUUCCCUCUCCUUCCACGUACUUCUUCAAACAUUGAAGAAUGCAUGUAAGUGAUGUCAACUGACUCACCUCCAAAAGGGGCAAGUUGAACAGUCUGUAUUCAGACAGAGUGCCCCUCUGGUCUUUGGCAUUUCCCCUGAUGGGAUUGGAACUUAUCAGAUGAGGAAGGGUGGAGAAUCUAUAUACUACCACGCCAUAGACCAGCAAUUCAGAACACAUGCACACUACAUCACCUGACUGCCUGUCAAAGUGCUUGGAUCAGUUUGAUAAUAUAUAUUGUCAAUUUGCCUUGACACAGCCUCAGAUACUGGACUGAAGAACUAUGGUAGAGAUAUAAAAUGAUAUUUGCCUUAUUAAGGCUGUGGUGAUCUUACACACAGUGCCUGCACUGGCAUUGAUCACAUUUUUACCCCAGUAGUUGUUGUUGUUAACAUAGCCUUCUGAUUGGUUUCAAUAAAUCUUCAUAGGAUUGGAAAAACAACUGAAGCGCACCAAAUUGGAAAUUAGGUUCAUUUGUGUUGAAGUAACGCAAAGGGAUCAAAAAGAUAUUUCACUGCUUUAAAAUCCAAAGCACUUUGCAGCUGGUAUUAAACACCAUUGAGACAAACCUUCCACUAGCACGGUCAGAGCAGAACGAUAAGUUUGUCUUUAAAAUUAAAACAGAAUACUAAUUAGCACUUCAGCAUUACGACCAAUCGUAGAAGAAAUGGCUCUCUAGGACAAUCAGUGUAAGGAAAUGGGUUCCCUUUAAAGCCCCUUCACCUGAUGUAAUUUAUAUUAUAGUGUUAAAACUAUGUGUCGCAUUUCGUGUGAAUUAACUGUUGUACUAAUUCUUCUUGAAACUGCAUUCAGGAAGUGUAAAGAAAAAGCUAAAGGUGUAAAGUUGGCCAAUGUUAGAAAGUGAGUUCUUGUGGUAGGAGUUUGGAAAGUCCUACAAUUCAUCUUGUUAAACUGCAAGGGAGUGCUUGAUUGAUCUUUAAUUAGCUGCAAGCAGGCAAUCCUAUGCCAUUAAGAUCAAGUAGGCAUGGACUACUACUAAAAGAAACAAUUUUGAUACUGCACUGUCAUCAACAUCCAUUGUAAAACUGGAAAUAAUUGUGUGAAACUUAGACUGCAAAGAUCAGCACUGUCGUGAUAUCAUACUGCCACAAAUCCAAUGCCUGGACUGCAACAAUAUUGUCAGCCUGUCAUUAGGAACAAGAAAUCUCCCAUGCGGACAUUUGUGUAUAUUUUGCAAUAUAGCAUAAUACCUUUCAAGAGAGGUCCUAUAACAUUUUGUUGAUACUGGUUUAACCUUAGAAAGGUGCUAGCUAUAGCCUUCAUUUGGGCUGUUCGUUCUGACCACAAUAAAAAACCUGCAGUAUGUUAAUAAAAGAGGAAAUGACAUCCUGUUUGAGAUGUAGAGGUGGAACAUUGGUUGGAAAUGCUUAGCAUAUACUGUUUAAUAUUGUGAUGUUUUCUCCCCCCUGUCAUUUCCCACAUGUGCUCUCACGGUGAGGUAUGGCAUUAGAAUGUUUAAAAGGAACAGUUUGACUUGACUCUUGCUGUAGACUGGCACUACAUUCGAGCUUGUUGGUAACCCUGCAUAGUUACCACAAAAGGGACACUGUCUCAAGAAAAAAAAAAUCACAACCACGGUUUACAAAAGGUGUUUAAUAGUUUGAAUUCAUGUUGUUUGUUAUUGCUUGGCAUAGAUCAAUGUAGUAUUUUGUUUUGAAACACUAAUAUGUUGUAAAAAAAAAGUUUUUUAUAGACAGCAUAUAUUACUGUUGCAUCUCAGUUCUUGGGGUUUUUUUUUCUUAAACAUUUUGGUAUGGGCAUCAUGCAGAGUCAGAUGUAUGCCUCAACCUUUCAAAUAGUACCAUGCUACAGAAACUCAACCUAGCUUAGGCAUGAUCUUCCUUUUGUUUUGUGUAACAUGGCUGCCCUCCAGAAGAAUUAUUUGAGUUUGCCUUUUUAUAUUAUCAAAAAUAUAUUUAAGAUAAAUUGCAGGAUGCUUUUUUUUUUGUAAGACUAAUCUUUGGCAUUUGAACUUUCACUUAGUGACCUUCCUGCAUAUAGACUGGUGCAGUGUGACAUCACAAUCGCAUAUCCUGUAUUUUCAAUAGGUCAACCUCAUCAAUCAACUGGGUGGUUUAGUGAAACAUGGUGAUCUGAAACUCCAUAGCAACAGCUGAAAGAUAAAGAGAACCAGAUUCCCAUGACGCUUCGGGCUCCUUUACAUAUACUGAAUGAAGAACUUUUUUAUACAAGAACGAAUAACAGGAAGGUUUUUCUUUCAAGAAAAGCUGUAUAUUUUUCCUCAGCAAAAUUAUCAUUGACCUGCUGUCUGAAAAGGUCAAAGGUCAGCUCAAGGGGGAACAAGGCAAUUUUGUGAGAAAUUUCAGAUUUGUAAGUUAGAUGUUCGUGCAUUUUUGAAAUGAUGGUUGGGGCCUACAGGUGACUGGAGGAGAGAUAUACAAGGUCAGUUUCAAAAGUGUUCAUUGCAUAACGCUUAAAGUCACAACUUUUGAAACAAUGUAAUAUAUAUCUAUAUAUAUGUAUAAACAAGGUGGAUUUUAAUUUCCACUGUCAUGUGAGCAGGUCUAUAUUGACUAUCACUUGUGUGCAAGAAUCUUUUACCUCUGCGUCACAGAAUUUUCUGUUCCAUUGUGUACUUCAAAUGAGAAACUGAAGCAGUGCUAAACGGGACCUAACCUAGGGGACCCAAUUCUAUGUGAAAGGGAUUGAUUUGAUUUGGGAAGGCCUAGUAUUUAAGGUUAAAGAAGUGCAGAGUAGAGAAGAAAGGGAACAUAACCUCCCAUCCCCUGCAUCGCCACCACCACCAUAUACACACACACAGUCUCCCUCACACACAGAGACACACACAUAGUCUUUCUCUCUCUCACACAAAAACACAGACACACAAACACAUACAAAAGGAGGUUCAGCUGUACUCCAUCUGGUACGUUAUGUGAUGUCACCAUUGGACCAAUCUGCUAGGCGUUGUAUUACCUAUUUGUUCAGUCCAGUGACACAAGUGCAAUACUUCCUCACUGAUGGCUGAGGUUUCACUUUUUUUUUGCUUGUAAAGUGAGCUUCUGGGGACUGGAAUUGUGAUGCAUCAUGAGAAAUAAAUGGGCAAGUGAGACGCAGGCCCGUCUGAGACUUGCUGAAUAGUGUUUUAAUCCUACAAGUGGUUAGGAGAAGUUUUAAAAAAAUUAUACAAUAAAAACUACAAUAUUACAGAGUUAUUUACUAGAUAUUAAAAUAUUUUGAAACUGAAAACCCAGGAGAGCUUUUUUUUUAAGCUUGUUGAUUUUUGUUUUUAUUUUGUUUUCAGUUUUUGUUGAAAUGGAAGGAACUGUUAUUCUAAAAAAAAGUGUUUAAAUGUAGUAAAAACCCUAUUGUAAAUGUGUAAAGUAUGACUAUGGUCUCAGUUUUUGUGUAAACACUAAAAAAAAAGUUUUAUGGACACGAUCUCUAUGUAAAAGCAUUUUAGUAUUAAGAUUUUUAUAGAUAACUUGGCUUCUGAAUAAAUAUUUUAAAAAAAAAGGUCUGGCAAGUAUGUGAUUGUUUCAAGGUAUUGCAGUAAAUAUUGUCUGCCCACGAUUUGGAGGAUACACCAUUGUGCUAAUGUGGAAACGUUUUCCUGGAUUGUUUAGGCCUCAUAAAAUUCAUCUCA